AUGAAAUUAAAUACAUUAAGUAUGUUCAUUAUUUGGUUGCUAUUAAUUAUUGUUGCAACCUUUAUUGGACAUAGCAAUGGGAUUGCUAUUAUGAGUAUUGAUAUGGGUAGUGAAUCAAUGAAAGUUGCCAUUGUUUCACCUGGUGUUCCUAUGGAAAUAGCUUUGAAUAAAGAGUCAAAGAGAAAAACACCAGUUACAAUUGCAUUUAGAAAUGGAGAAAGAAGUUUUGGAGAAGAUGCUCAAGUAAUAGGAAUUAGAUCACCUCAAAAUAGUUUUUCAUAUAUUCUAGAUCUUCUAGGAAAAAGCAUAGAUAAUCCUAUGGUGGAGCUCUAUAAAAGAAGAUUUCCAUAUUAUGAUAUUAUAUCUGAUGAAAAGCGUAAAACAAUUACAUUUAAACUGGAUGAAAAUACUACAUAUACCCCAGAAGAGUUACUUGCACAAAUUUUGCAUAAAGGAAAAGAAUUUGCAGAAAAUUCAGCUGGUCAAAAGAUUAGUGAAGCAGUAAUAACUGUUCCAGGAUUUUUCAACCAAAUUGAAAGAAGAGCUUUUAUGCAAGCAGCAGAUCUUGCAGAAAUCAAAGUUUUGCAACUUAUUAAUGACUAUACUGCAGUUGCAUUAAAUUAUGGAAUUUUCCGUAGCAAAGAGAUAAAUGAUACUGCAUAUUAUGUAAUGUUUUAUGAUAUGGGAGCUAGUAGUACAACUGCAACAAUUGUCAGUUAUCAAAAUGUAAAGACAAAGGAAAAAGGAUUUGUUGAAACUAAUCCUCAUGUUACUAUUUUGGGUGUGGGUUAUGAUCGUACUUUAGGAGGGUUAGAAGUACAAAUUAGAUUGCAACAUUAUUUGGCAAAAGAAUUUGAUGCUUUAAAUAAAACAACAAGUUCUGUAUUUAGCAAUCCAAGAGCAAUGACAAAAUUAUUUAAAGAAGCUGGUCGAGUUAAGAAUGUAUUAAGUGCAAAUACUGAUCAUUUUGCUCAAAUUGAGGGGUUAAUAGAUGAACAUGAUUUUAGACUACAAGUUACCAGAGAGAAACUAGAACAGCUUUGUACUGAUUUAUUUGAACGAGUAGCAAAUCCUAUCAAAAAUGCUUUGAAAACAUCAGGUUUAACAAUGGAUGUUAUAUCUCAAGUUGUAUUAGUGGGAGCUGCUACUAGAAUGCCAAAAAUACAAGAACAUUUGAAUCAAUAUUUACCAGUUGAGUUAUCUAAAAAUAUCAACACAGAUGAGGCAGCUGCAAUGGGAGCAGUAUAUAAAGCUGCAGACCUUAGUAAAGGGUUUAAAGUAAAGAAAUUUGUUACUAAAGAUGCUGUAUUAUUUCCCAUCCAUAUUGUUUUUGAUAGAACAGUUGAUAACAGAGUGAAGCAAGUAAAAAAAUCAUUAUUUAGUAAAAUGAAUCCUUAUCCGCAAAAGAAAAUUAUUAUAUUUAAUAAGUAUACCGAAAAUUUCCAAUUUCAUGUCAAUUAUGCAGAAUUGGAUUAUUUACCACCUAAUGAAAUAGCUGCCAUUGGUAAUUUCAAUCUGUCCACAAUAACUUUAUCUGGUGUAAAUGAAGCUCUAGAUAAACAUAGUAAAGAUGGAGCAGAAAGCAAAGGAAUUAAGGCACAUUUUGUUAUGGAUGAGAGUGGCAUACUUAACUUGGUGAAUGUAGAAUUAGUAUCAGAGAAAUCAAGUUCAGCACCUAAUGAAGAAGAGGGUACUUUCUCAAUAUUUGGCUCAACUAUUAGUAAACUUUUUGCAGGGUCAGAAGACAAAGAAGGAAAAACAGAAGAACCAUUAAAAGAGGAUGUAAAACCGGUUCACGAAGAUUCGGAAUAUCCUGAACUACAAAAAGAUUCAGGAAAUAAAACAAAAAAGAAAAAUGAAAGUGUAGUUACUGAGGAUAAAAUAGUUAAUAAAACUGAAAAAGUAGGAAAGGAGAAAGAAAAAAAGGCUACAAUUGUAACAAUUAAAGAACCUAUUAAAGCUGAUGAAAUUAAGUUAGGCCCACAAAUUCUUUCUGGAGACAAACUUGCUGAAUCUCGGGAGAAAUUACAUCGCUUAGAUGUACAUGAUUUCGAAAAAACAGUACGUGAAACAGCUUUGAAUAAUUUAGAAACAUUUAUAAUUGAUGCCCAACAAAAAUUAGAGUUAGAGGAAUAUGCUGCUGCUGCUACUUCUCAAGAAGCAGAAAAAAUACUGAAAGCAUGUUCUGAAAUUUCUGAAUGGCUAUACGAAGAUGGGUUUAGUGUAACUGUGGAUGUAUAUGAAGAAAAGUUAUCACAACUUCAAAAGCUUACUAAUGAUGUGUAUGAACGAGUUUAUGAGCACAAAGAACGCGCGGACGUAUUAAAAGGCAUGACAUCUAUGUUAAAUGCAAGCACAAAGUUUUUAAAUAAUAUGCGUAAUCUGAGUUUAUCGAGCGAAAUUUUCACUCAAAUUGAGAUAGAAACGUUGGAGAAAGUAAUUAAUGAAACUCAGGAAUAUUAUAAUAUAGUUAUUAAAUCCUUUGCUGAGACCGCUUUACACGAACCCGUGAAAUAUAAAGUUCGUGACAUAGCAAAUAAAAUGGCUUUGCUUGAUAGAGAAGUGAAGUAUCUCAUAAAUAAGGCAAAAAUAUGGAAACCAAAACAAGAAUCUCCUACAAAUCAUACAGAAAGCACAAAUGAGAAUGCAACAAACACAGAAGAAGAACCAGAAUCUGAACCUGUUCCUAAAUCAACAACUGAUCCUCAUAUGGAAAGCCUUCAGAACGAAAAUACAUCUGAAAAUGAAGAAGUACAAACUGAAAAAUCAUCAAAUACAGAAGAAUCAACAAAAUUGUCAAAUGAUAACGAACCUGAGAUGACUCGUGAAAGUAUUCAAGAAGAAGUACAUCAAGAACUUUAAAAAAAGAUUUAUUUAAAAGUGUGUGAUUUUUAUAAUUGACCGAUCACACCUCGGUUAAUAAGUUAGACAAUUUGUUAUGUAAUAGAACAAAUUUAUGAACGCAUUUAAAAACGUAAAUCAAAUUCGAGAAAAUACAUGUUAUCGUGGCUGGAUGAAUUAUUUUGCGAACGUGAAUAUUAAGUGUUAUUUUAUUUAAUUUCAUAUAUUUGUAUAAAAUUAAUAAGGAAUAUGGAAUCGUUUUUCGUACAAGAAACUAACAGAAUUAUCUCAUGACGUUUUGCAUACAAAGAAAAAAAGAGAAAGGAAA